CCUAUGCGAGCUGGGAAAUCUAAUCAGGGGUCGCUGCUGGGAUUGGGUGGUGAGGGGCCGACAUCGAAGAAGCGCCGUGCGGCUCGAGGCAGCGACCGCGGUGGCUUUGCGGGCUUCGUGUCGUGUCGGUGUCCUUCACGAGCUUCUGUCCGUCGCGUUGGGCCCCCACCCCCCCAUGGCUCUCGCCGCGCUGCUGAGGAGGGCGGCCCUGAGCCGCCUGGUGGCGCUGGGGCCGGCGGGGCCGAGGCGGCUCUGCAGCUCCUCCGCGGUGCCCGUGGACGACGUCGUCAGCGGCCUGAGCGAGGAGCAGAUCCAGCUGAGACAAACUAUGUACAAGUUCUGUCAGGAACACCUGAUGCCCAUAGCACAAGAGAUUGACCGAACAAAUGAGUUUAAGCAAAUUCGGGAAUUUUGGAAGAAGCUUGGCCAUCUGGGAGUGUUAGGCAUCACAGCACCAGUGGAGGAUGGAGGCACAGGCGGUGGGUACCUGGACCACGUAAUCUGCAUGGAGGAGAUCUCCAGAGCCUCAGCCGCUGUCGGGCUCAGCUACGGGGCACACUCCAAUCUGUGCAUCAACCAGCUCGUGCGCAAUGGCAAUGAGCAGCAGAAGAAAAAGUACCUUCCCAAGGUGCUGCACGGGGAGCAUAUCGGCGCGCUGGCAAUGAGCGAGCCCAACGCAGGUUCGGACGUGGUCGCCAUGAAGUUGCGCGCUGACAAGAAAGGUGACAGCUACGUGCUCAAUGGAAACAAGUUCUGGAUCACCAACGGGCCGGAUGCCGAUGUGCUGAUCGUGUACGCCAAGACGGAUCUGAAAGUGAAACCAGAAUCACACGGAAUCACGGCAUUCAUCGUCGAGAAGGACAUGCCAGGGUUCAGCACGGCACAAAAACUGGACAAGAUGGGCAUGAGGGGUUCCAGCACCUCAGAGCUCAUCUUUGAGGACUGCAAGGUGCCAGAAAAGAAUAUACUGGGCAGCCUGAACAAGGGUGUGUAUGUGCUGAUGAGCGGACUGGACUUUGAGAGACUCAUUCUUGCAGCAGGGCCACUGGGCAUAAUGCAGGCAGUGAUGGACAAUGCCAUCCCAUACCUGCAUGUCAGGGAAGCUUUCAAUCGGAAGAUCGGCACUUUUCAGCUUAUGCAGGGCAAGAUGGCAGACAUGCACACCAGGCUGGCAGCAUGCCGGUCGUACGUGUACAACGUGGCCCGUGCCUGUGACCGAAAUCACUCCAGCAGCAUGGACUGCGCAGGAGUGAUUCUCUAUGCUGCUGAAAAUGCUACUCAAGUGGCUCUUGAUGGAAUCCAGUGCCUUGGUGGAAACGGUUACAUCAAUGACUACCCAAUGGCCCGUUUUCUGCGGGAUUCCAAGCUCUACGAGAUCGGAGCAGGGACCAGUGAGGUCAGACGCCUCAUCAUCGGCCGUGCCUACAACGCCAUGUUCAAGUGAAUGAAGUCUCCAAGAGCCAAAACAACAUCAAGACCCACAUGAUGUGGCUUUAUAUACAAAUCUGUCUUCGAAUGGAAAACUAUGCCAUUUCAUCGGACAUUUAUAAUGUGAAUUCUGACAGAAUGUGUAAUGCCACACGAGAGCAUGUUAACAUAACUCUUGUAUGGAAGUGUUUUGUGUCAUGGGGAAAAUGCCUCAUAAAAAAACACUCCACGGAUGACGUCAACUCCAGAUUUGUUACGCAAUCAAUACGCAACGUCAAAAUUACAAAAUUUCGACCAAUAUGAAUGUCAUUUAGCAGUUCGUCCAGGCUGUACUACAACUUGAUUGGGUUUGGAAAGCUCCAUAGUGUUGAUUUUGGACUUAUUGACUAGUCAGUUGUUUGGUGUCAAAAUGUUUUGUUAAAUGCAUAAUAAUAGUUUUAAAUUAAAUACACUUGUCCUGUCACAUGUAUAAUUGUGUAUGUCACCAUACUCUGAAGCACAAAUCUGACAACUUUCUGCAAUUGUAUUCGUGAAAAGUUUCAAAAGUUUUGUAACGAAUCUUAUACUGGGCAAGUUUUUUUAAAGAAUCAUUUUGCUUUCCAGAUAAGAAAAACUAAACUUUGUUCAGAAUAUUAAUGAUAAAAAGCAAUUGAAGUCAUCUGCAUUUCGAACAUUUAUUUCAUUAAAAAAAGCAUUUCUGCCAUGUUCAAGUUAAUUCUUGCAUGACCAAACAUAUCCUACGACCGAGAGUAAACCUGGCAGCCUAGCGGAAGUCUGCUGACAGCAUGUAUUCGGAAGAUUGCAACUCAACAUCUAAAUUGGGAGUUGAUUCAGUCCUCUGUGCCUCUGAGUUGAUAAUGCGGUACCACUUUGUGAUAGCUUUGUGGUUUUCUCUCUGGGUCGACUGACCAGCCUUAGAAAUGUGGAAUUUUCAUCACUGUCUCAGGGUUGUUAGGACAAGCACCACCCCCGACUAGAUAAUCUUCACCGAGUGAAAAAAAUACUUGCAGUGAGAAAUGGAUUAUAGAUGAGUUUUUCAUUUAAUUUUUUCAGAUACCAUUUUUUUAGAAGUGCUUCCAGAUUGUUGGGGAAUUUUAAUUAAAAUUAAAAUGUGAACAUAUUUUAUAAUUUAAGUGAAAUUUACGCCACGUCAAAAUGACAUCAUGCGACAGCACUUUUAGUGAGAAAAUCGUGUAAGUGACCACAAUGAAGUGCAGUUACUUCCUGUCAUGGCACUUUUCAGAUAUAUCUUAAAUAAAGCAUUGAUUUAAUCAGAAAUGUAUCUAAGCUUGAUUUUCAAGUGAAAAUUGGGAACGUAUUUAUCUUAAGUAUGUAGAAUCUAAACACGCCUUCAAGUUGGUUCAUACAUUUUGAACUGCUAGUUCAAAAUGAUGUGCAGUUUCUUGGUUAUGUGUAUUUGAUUAGUGUGAUUCACAUGUUAGUGGAAUGAUAAUUUAAACAUCACGUCGGACUCAGAUUUGAAAUAUCCAUUAAUAUAAAUCACACCUGAUAUCUCUCUCUAAAUACAAGGUGGCGCUGUGGCCUCGCUCUACGCUUGGUAUGGUGCGAGUCAAAAUGAAAACAUACGAGGAAUUACACAAUAAAGUUACACCUCUCAACUCCAAAGCUCUAAUCGCUUUAUCCCGUGUUACUUUAAACAUUUCUAAUGCUGUACCAGGUGUAAUAUUCGGGCACGCGUUUAAGCACCGACAUUUAAGUAAUCAAGUUCAUUAUCGUGUGUCCACUUGCAGUGCAUCAUCUUUACGUAUGGGGAACACAAUCUGGUGACGGUACACAGGAUAUUGUUAUCAAUGUAUAUGGUAUGCAAGGGACACCAAUGCUGUAAUGCAUUUGCAGUGUUCUAAUCUCAAUAAACCUGAUGCAAUGUGUA